AGAAAGGUGUCACAGCUCAGAUUUCUCUACUAAGUUCUAGACACUUCGGAAUGACGGACAUGGUAUUUUCAGAUUGGUAUUGAGAUAUAUAAAUCAUUUUAUCGACAUCAAGAGAGAGCAGUAGACGAUCGACGAAUAGGGAUUCAUAAAUCGUUGAGAGGGAUAAUUAAAAGAUGGCAGAAAAGGGAGACAGAGAUGAUUUGAAUCUCCCCCUGGGAGGAGUUUCAUCAGAUAAUGAGGAUGAGUUAAACUCGUCCAUGGCAAGCACUGGGAGUGAAGAAGGACAAGAUAUUAAGAAGAGACGUACACAGACUCCCAGCCCUCGCAGGGCGUCACCGUUUCCAGUACCAGCCUCACCACCAAAGUUCAUUUCAAUGGAAGAGCUUAUCAAGGCAACAACUGGAGUCAAAAACAUGAGUCUUGCACACGAGAUAGCAGUAGACGCAAAUUUUAAAAUAGCUCCCGCAGAAAAGGAUCCAAAGAGUUUUGAGAAACAAGUGGAGAUGAUUAUGCAUAAAGCAUUCUGGGACGUUUUCCAGGAAAGUAUAAAUGAAGAUCCCCCAAACUACCAUCAUGCUUUAGUUCUCAUCGGGGAUGUCCAAAAGCAACUUUUUACGGUUAUACUGCCACACCAGGUACGACUUAAAGCCCAGAUUACGGAGGUCUUGGACUUAGACUUAAUCAAACAAAAGAUGGAGAAUGAUGCCUUCGAUAUUUUCUAUUAUUCCAACUAUGUCAUCGAUAUCAUGGCCAAAUUGUGUUCUCAGGAACGAGAUGAAAAGGUGGCACAUCUGCGAGAAUUAAAGGAGCCGGUACCUUUGUUUAAGGAGAUUUUCCAGGUUCUCGACCUGAUGAAGAUGGACAUGGCAAACUUCACAAUCCAACAGAUCAGACCUUACCUACAACAACAGUCGGUGGAGUAUGAACGUGCCAAGUUCCAAGAGUUCAUCAAAAAACAACAAGAGGCCGGAAUAGAUGGUCUGGAGAUGACCAAACUAUGGCUCAAACGGAGCUUUGAUGCACUGACCGAUGAGGCAGACACUGACCAACAAGCAUGUGCGACUCCUGCUCCCAGUCUGACCCCAGCUUCUGUACUGAACGAGGCUUACAUGGAACUACUCAACUGGGAUAGGCAGCGACUCUACCCAGAGACACUUGUGAUGGACCAGGGCCGGUUUAUGGAGCUCCAGGAUAAGACGAGUCGCCUGACCCUGGUCGCCUCGAUAUUACUGGUAACCUAUAGCACUGUUGGUGCGGCCAUUUCGGGUGUUCAAACCCUGAAGGAGAAACUCAAGUCCGAGAUCUGUGUGAUACUGGAGGGAGUGGCAGACAG